UCCAUAAAAACCUCGAACUUCGCAGACAGGCAAUUCAGUUUAGUUUGCCGGUCUCUGAUUCUAAUCGCAUUCUUCCCUAAAUUUAAAAAUGGUUUUAUCUUUGAACCGUUGGGUCGGCAAAGUCGCAGUAGUGACUGGUGCUAGUUCGGGAAUUGGAGCUGCCAUCGUUGAACAAUUAGUAAAAGCUGGAGUUGUAGUAGCUGGACUAGCCAGAAGGAAGGAAAGGGUCGAAGAACUGGCUAAAAAACUCAGCGGGGAAAAAGGUAAAUUGGUUGCCGUUCAAGCUGACAUCACCAAAGAACAAGAUAUCAAAACGGCAUUCGAAUAUGUUUUGAAAAAUCUGGGACCGGUCAAUAUUUUGGUUAACAACGCCGGUCUAAGUAAAUUUACGACACUUACUGACGGAGACACACAGUCAUGGAGGACUGUCCUAGAUACAAAUGUUCUUGGCCUGAGCAUCGCCACCAGAGAAGCGAUCAAACAAAUGAAAGAAAAUAACAUCGAUGGUCACGUAGUCCAUAUCAAUAGUAUUCUCGGUCACGUUGUAAUAAAUUCUCCAGGACUGAAUGUUUACCCCGCAACCAAAUACGCAGUUACAGCUCUGGCUGAAACUUUGAGAUAUGAAAUAAACAGCCAAAACCUAAAAAUUAAAAUCACGAGUGUCAGCCCUGGAUAUGUAGAAACUGAAUUCAUCGAGGUUGCUACAGGAAAAACAGCAAAAGAAAUUGGUUUUGACGGCCCUGGUUUAAAAGCAGAAGAUGUGGCUGACGCUGUGGUCUACGCUUUGUCGACGCCUCCUCACGUAAAUGUUUCCGAAGUCACUGUACGAAUAGUUAACGAACCGUUUUAAUUUAACACUUUUUUGUAUAAAUUAUUAUUAAAUGUCAAUUAACAUUUU